AUGGAGCACGCAUCUCUCAAGUCCACGCCAUCCGCAACCCCGCCUCUGUCGAACAAGACGAAGGGCAAAGCCCCCAAGGGGCCCGCUCAGUUGAUUGGACACCUGCCUCGGGCGGAGGAAGAUGCUAUGAAGACCUUCACAGAGAUCCCGGGCAACCAUUACCAGUACGGAACGCUGGGCAAAUCCAGGGAGGCCUUGGAAAGCAUGAUGUGUGAUUGCCAGUACGAGCACGGCAUUGACGACCCGGACACUGCUUGCGGCCAUGAUUCCGACUGUAUCAACCGACUCACCCAGGUGGAAUGCCUUCCGGAAGACUGUCGAUGUCGCUCUUACUGCCGAAACCAGCGCUUCCAGCGCAAACAGUAUGCUCCGAUAGAGAUUGUCAAGACGGAGAUGAAAGGUUUUGGCCUCAGAGCAGGGGAAAACAUUCCGAAGGAUGCAUUCAUCUACGAGUAUGUUGGCGACGUCGUGAGCCAGCCAUCCUUCCUCAAACGAAUGCGGCAAUAUGCAGAAGAGGGCAUCCGUCACUUCUACUUCAUGAUGCUUCAGAAAGACGAGUACAUCGACGCCACGAAGCGUGGCGGUAUCGGUCGAUUCGCUAACCAUAGCUGUAAUCCCAACUGCUAUGUCGCGAAGUGGACUGUCGGGGACCACGUCCGGAUGGGCAUCUUCGCCAACCGUACGAUCAAGCAGCACGAAGAGUUGACGUUCAACUACAACGUCGACCGCUAUGGCCACGAUGCGCAAAUAUGUUACUGUGGAGAGCCCAAUUGUGUUGGGUUCAUCGGUGGCAAGACCCAGACGGACCUCGCGGCGAUGGACGACCUCUACCUGGACGCACUUGGUAUCACCGAGGAGGUGGAGAGGUUUGGCCUGAAAGGGUCAAAGAAGAAGAAGGGCCGGAAGCUGGACGAGGACUUCAUCCCGGACCUCAAGCCGAUUAUACUCAGAGAUGUGCCGAAGGUGGUGCAGGCGAUGCGUCAAACGCAGAGCAGAAAGGUUCUUGUCAAGCUGCUUAUGCGCAUCAAGCUCACAGAAGAGUUGGCUGCUCUGCGGCAGAUCAUGCGAUUGCGAGGCUUUAGCGUUAUGACGAAUAUCCUCGAGGACUACAGCAGCGAUGUGGAGGUUCAGACCCUCGCCAUCGAGUGCAUGGCAACCUGGCCCCUCAUCCAGCGCAACAAAGUUGAGGACUCCAAGGUCAACGUUCCUGUCAAACUAUGCGCGGAGUCGGAGAACGAGGUAGUGGCAGAACUCGCGAAGAAGCUUCUGGAGCAAUGGGAGAGCCUCGAGUAUGCGUACCGGAUACCGAAGCGCGUGAAAGGGGAAACAACAGAAGAGGUCUCUGCACCUAUUCUCAACUUCAAUCAUGACUCCGACGACGAGCGACCAUCGAAGCGGGUUCGCCCUGAAGACGAUUUCCCCGAGUUCAAGUUCUCCCGUUCGAAGACGCCGCCGAAACACGAUAUCAAAUACGAAUCCGCGCCCGUCGCAUAUGUGCCCGAUCUCUACCAGCGGGAGCAGAACCGCCGCGCUGCGGAGGCGCAACGCCAGCAGGACGUUGCCAAGAUCAUCGCCGCCGCUGCUGCCGCCGCGACUGCGGAGGCCAACAAGCCCAAGCCGGAGCCCAAGGCCAGCUCGAGCCGCAAGUCGCAUCGGGACCGUGCGGAGCGCGAGCGAGAACGGGAGGCGCGCAAGGCGGCGAAGGCCAGACAUAAGAAGCUAUCGAAGGAGGAGAGGGAGGCGAACAAGGAGAAGCGGUUGUUGAAGCUCAUCGGGGCGGUCGUGGUCCGGUGCAUGUCCAAGUACAAGGACCAGAUGGACCACGACUUGUUCAAGAAGUAUGCGAAAGAGACUAUCGCGGAGAAGGAGAAGAAAUCGUCGAGUUACAAGGAGGGUCGACUGGAGACGCUCUCGGAGGAGAAGACGACGAAGAUCAAGAAGUUUGCGAAGGAGUACAUCGCAAAAAUACUGCGCAAGCUCGAGAAGUCCGGCCAGCGGCGAAAACCGUCGUCCACCACGGCGUCGUCGUCAACGCCGGACGGAGCAGGUGCAGAUGACUCCGUUGCGUCUGCAGCGGCGGUGGCGGACGUCAUGGAUCUCGACCCGGACGAGACCUACGAGGACCAUGACGACCAAGGGGACGACGAUCACGACGAACAAGGGGAUGAAGACGACGGAGCGUCCGGGUCGGGGAGCCCAGAAGACGGCGGCUCGGGCGAGACGUCGCCGACUGUCGUGGCGGACCCCAGGAUACGACAUCCAGCAUCGUCCACAUCCAAGGACGAUGAUGGCUCAUGGGACACGGAUCUGCAGAAGCCGAUAUCCUCGAGCUGGAGUGCAGUUCCUGUAGGGUCGUAG